UCGAGAUAACGAUAAGACCAAGGUCCCUCCCGGUUGUUUAGUCGUCUUGCUUACGUCAUUUUUAUUACCUAGGGAAAUGGGAAUCUUGGUUUCUGAAAACCUAGGUAAGGGAGAACCCUGGUUUUUGAAGACCUAGGUAAAAGAGAACCCUGGUUUUUGAAAACCUAGGUAAAUAGAGACACUGGGUUUUUGUUUCCUGGGUUGUUGGAAAUGCCUGAGUUCUGAUUUUAUGUGUAAAGUAAAACCCCGGGUUUCAAUUCUAUGGGUAAGUGGGCCUUUUCUGGAAACCUAUGGGUUAUCUAGUGUGUAAAUACAGUAUAAAUACUGGAGCUUAAGCUCAGGGUAGGGGGAUCACUUCUGAGAAUUCUCAUCGGUGUGGAUCUCGUGUGGUGGAAUGGAACAAUAAAGCUGGACCCUUGCUUCUUCUCACUCACGGCUGGUGUAUUUUUUCUAUCUCCAACUGGUCUCAGAGGUAGAUGUGAGUAUUGGCUUCUAAGUUGAAUUUUAAAUGUUUUUGGGUAAUAGGCUAAAUUCGAGCCAACAUUUGGCACCCCAGAUGGGACUGGGCUAAGAUCUAUAUGUCUGGAAUCUCUCCCGUGGGACUUCGCUCUCUAAGCAACAGACAGGCCGUAUAGGAAAAGGCAUUGCAGACGCCUGUUAUUUCAAAGCUCUGUUUUAGUGGUCUGUUGUUACGAUUGAGAAGCCCCGGGGUGGGAAGAAAGACUAAGUGGGUCUCCAAAAGAACCUGGAGUGAGUGAGAAGAGGUAAGAGAAGUAUAGAUUAUAGAAUGUACUUUUUAAUUAUAAUAAAGAAAUGGUAUAUGUGUUGUGUGAGUGAAAGUCCUGCAAUACCGCUGGAGGAGGUAGAAAAAAGGUAGAAAAAAGAGAAAUAGAGAAAUACUCCAGGGCUGGGAUAGAAAGCAGGUGGAAAAUGAGGCCUCAGACCCCAGAUACCGGCUACUAGACUUGACUAGCAGUCUAGUGGCGGCUGCAUUGGUGGGGACCCCUAAUACCGCUGGAAAAGGAUUAGAUAAAAGAUAGAUAGAUUAGAUUCCAGGGCUGGAUAGAGAGGGGAAUAAAUCCUGGGCCCAGGUCCGGGUCGUGCAAUACAGCAUGCCCGGUGUAUGAAUGGAAUAUGUACUAACAAAUGUGUGUGCUUAAAAUAUAUGUGCUUAUAAUAUGUAUAAUAUGAGUGUGGUGUGAGAGCGUGUGAGUUUUGGAGACAGGGAAAAUGUAUUUAUUAGUGCUCUGAACAUGAGCUCCAUACCUAAAGUAUUGGAUAAGUUGGAUAAGAUUUAGAGAAAAGAAAAUUUUUUCCUUUGGAGAAAGUUGGAUUUAAUUUGUAUGACUGUAAGCUUCAUGCAUACGGAGCUGGUUUGGAGGUGCUUUAUACUUUGAAAACUUCAUGUAGUAAAAUAAGUGUAAUAAUGUGGAAUACAAUGUGUGUAUGUGAGCUUGCCUGCGUUGUUGAUAGAAAAGGGGGGUGUAUGUGUGUGUGUUCCUGUCCGUUCUUAUCUGUGCGUCUGUGUGGAAGGACAAGGAAAAAAAAAAGGGAAAAAGGUAAGACAAUUCAGUGUGUGUGUGUUCUUCAGAGUGAGCUGGGUAAUGCGGAGCAUUGUGAGAUAUCUUGCGGACUUUGAAUGUUUCGAAUCCGGUACAUACUUUCGGACUACACAGUGUCUUUGUGUGUUAACAGGCGCUCAGCUAUUCUCUCUGAAUAAAGAGGAACUUCGUGCUGUCAUUCCUGAAGAAGGAGCGAGGGUGUACAGACAAGUUGCCGUACAGAAGGCACGGCUGGAGGAUGUCAGAAAGGCAACAGAGCUGGAGGCAGUGAUGGAGAAACAGAAGAUGAAGGUGGAUUUCACAGAGGAGAGUGGAACUCAUACGCCUCGUACUCUAGCAUACUACAUCUAG